GCAAUGAUCAUUUUGAUUUUAAGUCUCUGCUAUUUCCUCACAUCUUCCGCAAAUUCCGCACCACGGGCGCCCUGAAUUACACCAGCUACCGUUUCCAUGGUCAGUUUCACACUUCCACCAUUAGGUUUUGUGAUUAUAAUUCACGCUUUUGAUUGUUCAUAAGUAGUAGCUAAUUAUGGUGAGAUCUGCAGAUGCGGCGAUAUCCAUCAUCAUCAUCUUCAACAACAGUAUCACAAUGUUAUGAUGUUUUCAUGAGCUUCCGCGGGAAGGACACUCGUAUGACUUUCACCAGCCAUUUAUAUGACACCUUAAUUCAAAACGGUAUCAGAACCUACAAAGAUGACAUGACCCUUGAGCUUGGAAAGCCGAUUGCUCCCGAGCUCAUACAGGCAAUAGAAGCAUCAAAAAUUGCGGUUGUGAUUUUAUCUAGACAAUACGCAACGUCAAAAUGGUGUUUGCAGGAACUUGCAGAGAUUGUUGAUUGCAUGAAACUAGGAAUGCUGACUGUUAUUCCUAUUUUUUACCAUGUAACUCCUUGUGACGUGCGCCAUCAAAGCAACUGUUUUGAACAAGCAUUUUCCGAUCAUGAUGCCAAUACCCAAAUUGCACCAGGAACAGUGAAUAUGUGGAGAGCUGCUUUCAAAGAAGUGGGAGCUCUCGCUGGAAUGCAUGUGACAAAAGACAAGGAUGAAGCAGAAGUGGUAAGGACGGUUGUGAGCCGAGUUUUAAGUUACUUGUCUAAUACAAUGCCAUUAGAUGGCCGCAUCGAGCGCAGCCGCAGCGCCGCAACGGCCGUAUACGCUGCAUCAAGCGCAGCCGCAACGUACGGCGAGCGCAGCGCCGCAACGGCCGUAUCCGCUGCAUCGAGCGCAGCGCCGCAAUGGCCGUAUACGCUGCAUCAAGCGCAGCCGCCACACGCCGUGAGCGCAGCCACAACCGCGUAUCGAGCGCAGUCGCAGCGAGCGCCGCAGGGAUCACAACUGCAACAUCACCAUAGCGAGCGCAGCCAUAGCGCCACAUCGAGUGCAGCCGCUGCAGCCGCCGUAUCGAGCGAAGUCGGAGCGAGCGCCGCCGCAGCUAUAAUAAAUGAAGUAAUGGAUGAGCUGUUGUAUUAUUGAAAUCAUAAAAAUAGUGAAACCAAAAUAUAUAAUACAUCCUUUCAUUUUAGCUGUAUUAAUUGAAAAUAGUGAAACCAAAAUAUAUAAUACAUCCUUUCAUUUGAGCUGUACUAUUUGGAGGCUGUGGAGAGUCUGGAAUGAAAAGGUUCUAAAUGAAGUUUUCAUUCCAGUUAACAAGACGGUGGAGUUCAUUAAGGAAGAUGCGUUCCUGUGAAUUUGCAAUAGAUUCAAGCUCAAGAAGCCUUCAUGGGAGAAUUGGAAGACUUUUGAUAUUGCCAAUCUGUUGUAAUUUGUCUGUUGUCUUUUUGUUGUUUCUGUUUCGUCUUUUGUUUGUUCCCAGUCUUUUGCUGGCUCUUUACAUAUAUAUAUAUAAAGUGAUUUUGCUGUUCAAAAAAAAA